UCCAACAAUUGGGCAGUGCAGACGACAGACCACGUCACAGAUUCGCAGAUUCAUUCAUCAAUAAGAACGGCGGCAGGAAGAGAAAGUGCAGUGAAAGAAAGUGACCAAGUGCAUUCCAAAGGCGGUACUAAAAAAAUCGAAAUGAUGGAACGACUGCUGACCAUGUUCGAGCAGGCGGAUCCCUUCUCCACGUGGUGGCCCACGAUAGCAGCCCUGGCGGUGGGCAUUGUGAUUACAGUGCGGACCAUAAUGAGCGGCCAGCGCUGUCCGAACGACAAUCAAAUCAAGGAGCAAAUUGUAGUCGUGACCGGAGGAAAUAGUGGCAUAGGUUUCGAGUUAGCCCAGGCGCUGGCGGGCCGUGGGGGCAGGAUAAUUCUGGCCUGCCGCAAUCUCCAGGCCGCCGAGCGGGCUGCCACAAUUAUCAAACGGGAGCUGGGAUGUCGGACCCCUCUUACUUCGCUAGACGACGACGACGAUCCGGCGGAUAGGUAUUUCGUGGAGGCCCGCUACUUGGAUCUGUGCUCGUUUCGCAGCAUCCAUCACUUUGCCUCGCGCUUGAUGGCGGAAUUCGAGCGCAUCGACAUUUUGGUGAACAAUGCCGGACUGGUCUUCGCCAACACUGAAGUGCCCACAGAGAAUGGCUUCGAGCGUCACAGCCAGGUCAACUACCUGGGCCCAUUCCUGCUCACCCAGUUGCUGCUGCCUCACCUGAAGCGCUCUGAGCAGGGCCGCAUCAUUAUGGUAUCGGCCCACGCUCAUGCGGCGGCCAAAAUCGAUUUCGACGACCCGCUGAACGUCGGCACCUGGGCGGUCAAGUUCCACGCCCGUGACGCCUUCGCCCACUCGAAGCUCUGUGUCCUGCUGGCCACCCGCUGGCUUGCCAAGGAACUCAAAGGUACCUCGGUCACGGUCAACUGCUGCACACCCGGACUAGUGCGCGGAACUCGCCACCUUCGCAACUCCCCCCUGAUGUCAGCCAUCUGCGUGAAGGUGGUCACCUUCCCAUGGAUGUGGCUGUUCAUGAAGAACGCCUACGAGGGCGCCCAGUGCGCCAUCCGUUUGGCCACCGAUCCGCAACUGAAGCAAGUCACCGGCGAGUACUUCAAUGACUGCGAAAUUGCACCAGGUUCGGAGGCGAGCCAGGAUAAGGAGCUGGCCAAGAAGCUCUAUAUGCAGACCGUAAAAACUCUCGAGAGUGUUACUAAGCUAACGGUGGACAAGGAGGCGCUGGGCAUGGAAACGGAGCCCGAACUGAGGCUGGAGGCUCCGGCAGCAGCGGAAGCGGAAACGGAAACGAACCAUGGCCAAGGAGCAGGAGAAGAACGAAAGGAGGAACAGCAGCCAUUGGAGUGAUUUAUGCCUGGCACGCGGUCUGCCGUCUUCGGGGACUCCAACUGCCAACUGCAGCGUCUAUUUGCAUUUGGUUUAACAAUUGCCGCAUUAGGCAGCCUCCUUCUCGCUUAGGAGCGCCUUUUUAU